GUGGCUGUCAGAUGCCUGAACUUCAGGCCCACAAGUGCUGGGUAUGCAGCCGCCUCUCCCCGCAGCGGCAGUCAGAGAGCUGGUUUGCUCCUGUCUACAUCGAGACCCUGUAGCGGCAGAUCUGCGCUGCAGUCUCUUCGUGGCUGCCGUCCAGAGCUACAAACAUGAUUCGGUGCUCAGACCCUUCCCUCCUCGCUACCUGAGAGGAGAGAUCAAGGACUUUGAAGAGCUGCAAAAAGAUGUGGACAGUUUGCCAAACGUGAGAGAUCUGGUUCGCCUCGGACAUGGUGAUGGAGAUCAUCAUAUGGCUCUUGUGCACUGGGUUCUGUCCUCCAAGAGCUUCGCUGUGAAGACUCUGCAGAAAGAGGAGUUUGCCAGACUCAGCCAGCUGGCUCAGAGAGAGGGGGUUUCAGCUCCAGCCCCAGACUUCCUCUUUGAGCUGCAGUACUGUGAUUUGCUCAACUCUAAGUUUGAGCGGACGCGGGCCGGCCGAGACCUCAUCUAUGCAUUCCACGGCAGCAGACUAGAGAACUUCCACUCCAUCAUACACAACGGAUUACACUGCCAUCUCAAUAAGACCUCACUGUUUGGGGAAGGCACCUACCUGACCAGUGACCUCAGCAUGGCCAUCCUUUACAGUCCUCACGGGAACGGGUGGAGGGAAAGCGUCCUCGGGCCUUUCAUCAGCUGCGUUGCUUUGUGUGAAAUCAUUGAUCAUCCUGACGUGAAGUGUCAGGUGAAGAAGAAAGACUCGGAGAGCAUUGACCGACAGCGUCUGAGGGCCAGGAACAGUGAAGGUGGUGAGGUGCCCGAGAAGUACUUUGUGGUGACCAACAAUGAGCUCUUAAGAGUUAAAUACCUGCUGGUUUAUUCUCAGAGACGCUACAGAUCCAGACACGCUCGGGGGACGUCGUGGCUCGUCAGACAUCAUUUUGCCAUCAUGAUGGGUCUGUAUCUCCUGCUCCUCAUAUUCAUCGGUGCCUUCAACUCGUCCGCUUUUCAGUCCUUCUGGCACAGAAUGUUCCGGUAACCCAAGCUCACAUCACACAUGCACACUCAUCCAAAGUGCCUUUUACUCAAAGACUAUCAAAGAGGGAGGAAAAAAGACUCAGGAACUUACUUCCUUCCCCUCAACAAAACAUUCCUCCCUGUAUCACUUGAUUCUUGGGUAAUCCUUCAUUUUAUUCACACAAACACACUGUGCAUCAGCCAACCGAGAAACUGCAGAACGAGCAGUAAUGUUAGCUUUCGUGAAUGUUACAUGUUAGCAUGUAGCCUGUUUUUACUUGUUGAACGAUGGGUUCACUUUGUUAGUUACAACCAAAUGAUCAAGACAAAGCGUUGUCUUUUACCUGCCUUCUUCAACCUAGACAUUGGCAAAAAAAAAAAUUGCUGCUUGUGUUAAUAAAAAUAAUCACGUAGGAAAAUCUGUGCUUUUAUAAUAAAUAUUUUUCAGUUUCGAUGCAAAUAUAGAAGUUCCUAGACGACCGUACUAAUGUCUAGAUCAGAUCAACUAUGCAGAAGACCCGUGUUAUGGUGGUCGCUAUCAUUAAAACUGUAAUGAAAAUUAGUCUUGAUAUUGCAUUAAUGACUCUAACUUGAUUUAUCAGUCAGAAUCUGAAUUGUGAAGGUAUUUAAAUAAAUAAAUGCAACAAA